AUGACAACAGAUAAUAUUACAUUAUUAUAUAAAAAUUACGAAGACCAAUUCAUGGAAGCUAUUAAAAAUAAUCCACUUGCAAUAAUAUUACAAAAACAAGCCUCGGAGAUUGAACGUUUGAGUAAACAAAUAAAUGAUAUGGGAAUUAAAUUUGAAUCACUCAAAGAAACAGAACUUUGUACAUUAAAACAAAGAAUAGGAGAACUUGAGGAAAAUCUUUUAUAUCGAAAAAAUGAAAGUGAAAAACAUAAGUCUGAAAUCAAAUUCUUGAAACAAGAAAAUAAAGGUCUUAAAAAUCAAAUCACCUAUAUUACAAAGGAUAUUAAUAAAUUACAAACCACAGUCAAAGAAUUUAAUGAACAAAAAAAAUGUAUGAAUGAGAUGGAAUCACAUAUCCAACAAAAUGAAGAAGAUAAUAUUUCUUUGGAAAUAAGAGUAAACAAAUUAGAGAAGGUUCAAGAGAUUUGGAAUAAAGCGGCUGCCAAAUUUGACACGAAAAGAUUCAAAAAAAUAUGUGAAAUCCACGAAAAGUACAAAAUAUCCUUAAUACCGGAACUCAAAGAAAAAAUAUUAUCUAUCAUUGACCUUGAUCCUUCGUAUACUCAAAAGCAACUUCUUCCUGCUUACAGUUUUUUCAAAGCAUUAAAACAAUUUAGUGAUCAAUUUUUACAACAAAAUGAUUUAAAUGAGAAUCAAUCUUUAUCCGUUUAUCUUUGUAAUCCCGCUUUAAAUUUUUGGCCUGAGAAUGUGCCGGAGGAAUUGUUUAAAGAUUUAUUUCCUAAUAACUUAAAAGAACAAGCCUCUCGAUAUCAUGGAUAUUUCACAUAA